AUGAAUUCUCUAGGCGUUUGGACUUUAGUAAUAAUUUUGUACCAGACGAUGGGGUGCGCGGUGGUGAGCUGGCUAACGCUAAGCUGCCGGCUGGCUCCUCGCGCGGGUGAGCUGGCCGAGUUGACGCUGCUAAAGCUGGUAUACCUGUACGAGCCGCGCGCAUGCGCCGCGCCCGCCCUCUACAACUACACGGUGCGCUCCGGCACCGGAGCCCCGGUCGCCGCGCUCGUCUGGCCCGCACACAGCCCGCCUGCCGCCGCCUUCCGCAGUAAGUUGCAGGUGUGGCUGGGGCUGCACAUAGCGUGGCUGGCGCUCGCGGCGGUGCACGCAGCACAGCGCCGACGGCCAUGCGCGCUUUGCGGCGCGGCGCUACCCGCCUGCUGCGCCGGCGCCGCACUGCUGCUCGCCGACCUCGUGUUCGCCGCGCUCUUCAUCCGAGACAUCCGCCACACGAGCACCGAACGAGACAUAUUCGAAUACAUCGAGUCCGGCGGUGGCGGGGUACGGUGGCUAAGCGGGCGCCGGCGCGGCGGCUGGCCGGCGAACGCGAGCCCCCUACCGGACACAAGUUGGGUGGGAGCGCUGUUGGCCUACGCCAGCUGCCGCGGCCUCGUGCAAUGGCUCAUCAACUUCUGGAUCCUCAAGGACAACUACCUCGAGGGCCUCGCCGCCUACCGUAAAAUUCAAAGUGAAAAAUUUCAACAAGCAAGGAGACAUACUGCUUAAGUUAGGCCGUAUUUAAAAAUAUCAAACACACUGACGGUUGUUGGCAUACCUGCGGGAGCUUACAACAGUUUGUAUUACAAAGAUGCCGUAGCAUUUGUUCUUUUUUGAAGCAAAAAUCAGACAUAAGAAAACAUCAUGAAACGCAGCUCCUUC